ACACCUGUGUUUCCACUGCAGGUGACUGUGCUGCUGAUGCCUGGAGCCCGAGCAGAGCAAUGCGAGAAGGGAGAGUACUUACACAGUCACUGCUGUGUGGCCUGCCCAGCAGGUACUUACGUUGCUGAGCAUUGCAGUGCUCCCCAUUCGAGAGGAAGAUGUGUCCCUUGCACCGAAGGAGAGGGUUUCACCGCCCAUGAGAAUGGCCUGGAAGAAUGCUUGUUGUGCACGCAGUGCAAAGAUGAUCAGAUAACUUUGAGACCCUGUACCCUGACGCAUGAUACUGAAUGCCAGUGCAAACAAGGGUAUUUCUGCCCUGCCGAGGGCUGUGAAAUAUGUCAGAGAUGCAGUACAAUGUGUCCGGAAGGGAAAGAAAUUGUGCAGAAUUGCAAUGCUACUGUGGACCUAGGAUGUGGCUUACCUGAUCAAGGAAGCACAUAUCUUGCUUGGAUUAUUGUGAUUAUUUUAGGGGUUGGUAGUGGUUUGUUGCUGCUGCUGCUGUUUGUAAUUAGAAAGCUGAAUAGUCAUAAAGCUGCUUUACCUGAUAAAGAUGCAGAGAAAGGUCUGGAGUCUGAGGGCAGUACCGAAAGCUUCAUUUUACCAGAAAUGGAGACACAUGCAAAUAAUGCCAACCCAGAGGGUGAGAACUCUGGUGAGAGCCCAGAGGGCCAAGUACAAACCAGCGUUAACUUGGAAGUAAAACCCACAUCACCAGAGGAAGAUGGUGUUGUGCUUUCUGAGGGGGGCACCAUCCUGCAUGGGCACUGGAAGCGCCACAUGGAACGGUGCUGGAGGAGAAUUGCUGAGUCUUUGUUACCAGCAAAAACUGGGCGGAAUCCUGCUUUUCGUCAGAAUGCCCUGUCCAACACACCAAGUGGUAGGAUGUCAGCAGAUUGGAUGGUACGAGAACCAAAGUGUCAAAUAAUUCUUAAAGAUCUCUCUCAAAAAGAACUGAGAGAUAGCUUUUGGGCCUUUAUAAAUGAAGUACCACUGAAAAAAUGGAAGCGGCUUAUGAGAACUCAUCUGCAGGAAAAUUAUAUUGAUAAAAUUAUUCAUGACUUUCCUAAUGAUACAGAAGAGCAAUCUUAUCAGAUGCUUCUCACCUGGAAAAACACACUGGGAGAGAAACAAUCUAUUAUUAAGUUACUGGAUGAGUUAAGGUAUCUAGAUACCAAGGCUUAUGAUAAUGUAUUGAACACUUUAAAAAGUAUUAACGUUAUAAGUAAAUUCGAAGCCACAAAUUAAUGUUUAUGAUAAACUUCAAAAAUGCUGCUGUGUACAUACAUGUGUCUACAAACUUCCUGUAAACGAGGACAUCAACAAACUGCUAGUAAAAAUGACGGCACGGACUUGAUAUCCUCCUCACCUUCACGCAGGGAGCUGGAAGUGAUGUCGGCAUUAACACCGACUCCGGUUGUGAUGUUCACUGAAGUCAGUUUUGAGUUGUAUGAUAUUAAACUCAGGCGCUGGAUGCCAGCUUGAGAGCGAGGAGCUCCAGCUUGCGCUUCCCUUCGUGUGAGGCAGGACCGGGCACUGGCGACCAAGAGGCUUGUGCUGUUUUUGAGAGGAUUGCCACGCUUUGGUUUCUGAAAGGAUUGUGUUUUGGUUUUGCACUGUUGCGUUUGGAGCACAGCAAUAAAAGCCCGGCUGAGCCA